AUGGCGGGUCACCAAGCUGCGCUUCACAGAGAAGAAGUAGGGCAGUCCCGCCGGAUAUUGAAGGAUACACGUAUUCACAAGAUUUUGACGAAACAUCAGCCAGUUGAAUACCCGCUUUUUUCAAAGCGCUCAGCUUCACCUGGACGGGUAAUCCGAAAGAUGUCGAUGACAUUUGCACGAGAAGAGCGUUGGGAUUUGUGA